AUGGCUGCCACCAAGCCAGUCCGCUCUCCGAGCCCCAAGCUCGAGAAGCAGGCCAACGGUGUCAACGGCAUCAAUGGCAACGGCAAUGGCCAUAGCAAACUCCCCGUCAAGCGCGAGUCGAGCUACAAGUCCGACGGUGUUGAGGACAACGAUGUCUUCCUCCUGCCUGUUUCCGACUACCAGAUCAUGUUUGGCUUGACCAUCCUCGCCGCCAUCGUUCGCCUGUUCCGAAUCUACCAGCCCACCAGUGUCGUCUUUGACGAGGUCCAUUUCGGUGGCUUCGCUUCGAAAUACAUCAAGGGCAAAUUCUUCAUGGAUGUCCACCCUCCUCUGGCCAAGAUGCUCAUCGCUCUCACCGGUUGGUUGGCUGGUUUCAACGGCGACUUCGACUUCAAGGACAUUGGCAAGGACUACCUUGAGCCCGGCGUUCCCUACGUCGCCAUGCGCAUGUUCCCGGCCAUUUGCGGUAUCCUGCUCGCCCCUCUCAUGUUUCUGACUCUCAAGACCACCGGAUGCCGCACCACUACGGCUCUGAUGGGCUCCAGUCUGAUCAUCUUCGAGAACGGCCUUCUUACCCAAGCUCGUCUCAUUCUCCUCGACUCUCCUCUCAUGGUCGCAACCGCCUUUACCGCCCUCUCCUUCCAGUCUUUCACGAACCAGCAUGAGCAGGGACCCGAGAAAGCUUUCCAGUUGAGCUGGUGGUUCUGGCUCCUGAUGACUGGCCUGGGUCUGGGUACCACCGUCAGCAUCAAAUGGGUUGGUCUAUUCACCAUUGCCUGGGUUGGAAGCUUGACCCUCGUCCAGCUUUGGGUUCUCCUUGGAGACACCAAGAACGUUACGCCGCGCAUCUGGGCCAAGCACUUCAUGGCUCGCGCCUUCGCCCUCGUCAUCAUCCCCGUCGGCUUCUACAUGGCCAUGUUUGCCAUUCACUUCCUUUGCCUGGUCAACCCUGGUGAUGGCGACGGCUUCAUGAGCUCAGAGUUCCAGUCUACUCUUAACUCCAAGGGCAUGCAAGAUGUGGCCGCCGACGUCGCUUUCGGUAGCCGUGUCAGCAUCAGACACGCCAACACACAGGGCGGCUACCUGCACUCCCAUCCCCUCAUGUACCCCACCGGUAGCAAGCAGCAGCAGAUCACUCUCUACCCCCACAAGGAUGAGAAUAACCUUUGGCUCCUCGAGAACCAAACCCAGCCUCUUGGAAUCAACGGCGAGCAGAUCAACGGAACUCAAGCCUGGGACAACCUCCCCGAGCCUGUCUUUAUCAAGGAUGGCGAUGUCGUUCGCCUUUACCACACUCCCACAUUCCGUCGUCUUCACUCCCACGACGUCAGACCCCCUGUGACGGAGGCUGAUUGGCAGAACGAGGUGUCCGCUUACGGCUACGAGGGCUUCGAGGGCGACGCCAACGACUUGUUCAAGAUUGAGAUUAUCAAAAAGCAGUCUCUCAGCGCCGCUUCCAAGGAGCGUCUUCGCACUAUCGAGACCAAGUUCAGAUUGGUUCACAUCAUGACUGGCUGUGUACUCUUCUCCCACAAGGUCAAGCUCCCUGAGUGGGCCUCUGAGCAACAGGAGGUCACUUGUGCAAAGGGAGGUACCCUUCCCAAUAGCUUGUGGUAUGUCGAGUACAACGAGCACCCGCAACUCACCGGCGACAAUGUCGAGAAGGUCAACUACCGUCACCCUGGCUUCUUUGGCAAGUUCUGGGAGCUUCAAAAGGUCAUGUGGAAGACCAACGCCGGCUUGGUCGAGUCUCACGCCUGGGACUCGCGUCCUGACUCGUGGCCCUUCCUCAAGCGCGGUAUCAACUUCUGGGGCAAGGAUCACCGCCAGAUCUACCUGAUGGGCAACCCCAUCGUGUGGUGGAGCUCUACCCUUGCUGUCGUUAUCUACGUUCUCUUCAAGGGCAUCGCGACUCUCCGCUGGCAGCGCAGCUGCAACGACUACUCCAACACCACGUUCAAGCGAUUCGACUACGAGAUCGGCACUGCGGUUCUGGGCUGGGCUUUCCACUACUUCCCGUUCUACCUCAUGGACCGUCAGCUGUUCCUUCACCACUACUUCCCCGCCCUCUACUUCGCAGUCAUGGCAUUCUGCUCCAUCUUUGACUUCGCCACCGCUCGAGUCUCGCUCGCUGGUAUCCGCAAGAACCCUGCCAUCAACCGCGUCAGCGCUGUUGCCUUCUUGGCGCUCACGAUCGUCGCUUUCGUGCUCUUCUCUCCUUUGGCUUAUGGUAACGCCUGGACCAAGUCUGAGUGCAGCCGGCUCAAGGUUGUUGGCACAUGGGAUUUCGACUGCAACAACUUCUUUGACGACUACUCUCAAUACACUGAGCUCCUCACUCGCACUUCCGCUGCUGUUGGAGCCACGCCGACGCCUAUCAAAUCUGAGGCUCCCGCCGCCCCUGUAGGUGGUCAAGUCGGUCAGAUUCCCAUUGGCGAGGCUCAGAAGGAGCAGGCUGAGCCGGCCGUCUCGGGAGCCCCUGGACAGAAGGUUCUGUCCCGCGAAGAGAAGGUUGAGUACCGGGACCAGGACGGCAACCUCCUCGACGAGGCGCAGGUGAAGGCGUUGGAGGGCAAGGUCGAGUUCAAGACGAAGUACGAGACGCGGACACGCGUCGUUGACGCAAGUGGAAACGAGGUGCAGAUGCCCGAGGGCGGUUUGCCCCAAGAGCAGAACGUCGCUCCUCCUCACCCUGACGUUCAGGGCGUCGACCAAGAGACCAAAUCCAAGGCCGACGACUCAGCCGCGGCGCCCAAGGUCGCCGAGAGCGUCCAGGGCCAGAGGGAGGCCGAGCAGAAGAAGGCCAAGCCCGCAAGUGAUGGCGGCAAGGAGGCUACUGCUCAGGAGGAGCUCUGA